GAAAACCCUCUUAACAAAUUGCACAUUUUAAGCCACACUCUCCCCUCUUUUUUCUUCUCUCUCCAAAACCACCAUAACCAGCCGCCAUGGCAGGGCUUGGUUUUGUAAGAGCAAGGUCAUCAAUUACUCAUCUUUCCACAGUGUUUAAGACUCGUACAUUUGCAGCGGCGGCACUCCAGUACGAUGUCGACUACGAUGACUAUGGUGAUUUUGAUGAUCAGAGGGAUACGAUCCUAUAUCCUAUGGUUGAUGGAGAAGGAUUAGAGCCUAGAAGAGGUGUGCAAUGGGUAAUUAUUGGUGAACCAGGUGCUAAGAAGCAUGUUUACGCUAAAAAACUCUCGAAGCUUCUACAAGUUCCCCAUAUUUCUAUGGCUUCUCUCCUUCGUCACCAGCUUCAACCUGGUUCUGUUAUCUAUAAGCAGAUUGAGAGCAUUGUGAGCCGAGGAAUGCUUGUUCCAGAGGAUAUAAUAUUUGGCUUGCUAUCAAAGAGACUGGAAGCAGGUUAUUUUAGAGGGGAAACUGGAUUCAUUUUGGAGGGGAUCCCUAGAACAAGAAAGCAAGCAGAGAUCCUUGACCAAAUUGCCGACAUUGAUUUGGUGCUAAAUUUGAAAUGUGCUGAUUGUGAACUUGUUGGAAAGAAACUGCAAAGUAGAUCAAAUCUUCACCUGCAAGGAAGUAAAAUUGAAGCAUUUUCAGAAGAAGUAUGGAAGCAGAAGCUUCACACUUAUGCAGAACAGAGCAAACCAUUGGAAGAUUACUACAAGAAGCAGAAAAGGGUUGUGGAGUUUCAGGUCUCUGAGGGGUUAGGAGAGACCUGGAAGGGACUGCUGUCUGUUUUGCAGUUAGAGCACAUGGAUUCUUCUUUCCAAAAAUUAACAGCGUGAGGAUGGCUCAUCAUCACAAUGUUGCAGUCGCUGUCUGUCGUGGUUGCUGCGUUACAUUAUAUAUUUAUGUACAAGCUAUCAAAUUACCUUGUGAAACUUCCAUUUUUUGACUGUUGAAAUUUUUUUGUCAUUUGCAAAAAGCUCACGCAAUUUUGUAAUUUUGUAUAAGAAAAAUGAUUAUCUAAUUAGUGACCGUUUGAGUGUA